UAUUUGGCAACACAGCCCAAUUAUGUGACGUCAUUAUGGCCUGGUUGGGUUAGGUUUGCUUGGAAAUUUUUGUUAUAAAUCUUGUAUUCUAGUGUAAUAUAUGUUGUGCUAUUUAAUUUAGAGUAGUUUAAUAAAUACCUCAAACCGUAGUAGUAAUCCUGGUACCCGGGAGAUAUUCUUACGGUUACAAUUCCUGGCGAAAAUGAAUCGCCAUGAAGGAGUCAGCUGUGAUUCGUGUUUAAAAAAUAACUUUAGAGGACGGCGAUACAAAUGUUUGAUAUGCAUUGAUUACGACUUAUGUGCUGCCUGUUUCGAGUCUGGUGCCACCACGAACCAGCACACCACACAGCACCCUAUGCAAUGUAUACUUUCUAGAAGUGAUUUUGAACUUUAUUACGGCGGGGAGACGGUUGCGUUGGAGCAGCCGCAGGCGUACACGUGUCCGUUCUGCAACAGAAUGGGUUUCACCGACACUGCACUCAUGGAGCAUGUCACCGCCGAUCAUGCUGACACCAACCUUGCGGUGGUGUGUCCAGUAUGCGCUUCUCAGCCGGGCGGGGAACCGAACUUCGUGACGGACGACUUCGCCGGACACCUCACACUCGAGCACCGCACCGGACCCAGAGACCUCAUAUCGUUUCUAGACGAACCCAGUGGUAUCAGACAUGGUGGCGUGCGGCGGAUACCGCCUUCCGGCCGCGGCGUCAAUCGCGCGCGCCGCUCCAACAUGCAGUUCAGUGGUUACAUGUCGUACAGCACGAGCGGCGGCAUCUCGUCGCUGUCGCCGUCGUCGCGCGACGCCGUCGUCGACCCCAUCGCGGAGCUGUUGUCGCAGCUGAGCGGCGUGCGGCGCGGCGCCAACCAGCCCGGCACGCCCAGCCAGCUGCAGCAACUGCAGAUGCAGCUGCAGCUCGAGCGCCAGCAGGCCAACGCGGCGCGACAACAGUUGGAGCGUCUACCGCGGCGGGCGGCGGCGAGCGCGAGCGCCCCGCCCCCCGCGCCGCAGCCCGCCGCGCCCCCCGCACCCGCAGACGCCGCGGACUCACAGUUCCUGCUAGCCGGCUUUCUAGGUAGCAGCGCCGGCACAGACGACGCAGAGGCGGGUUCCCGCGCGGGGCUCCUGCGGGGGCUCCUGCUAGCGUCGCUAGGUCGGGCGCCCCCGCCGCCGCCGCCGCGCCCCGCGCCCCCCGCCCCUGCGCCCGCACCGCCCCCCGUCAGCGCCCCGCCGCCCCGCACCAAGCCGCAGCCACGGACCAAGGAGGCGGCGGCGCGCGCGCACGCGGCGGCGCGGCCUCAGGAGGGCAGGUAGGAGCGCCGGCCGGCG